AUGGGGAACGACGACACUCCAAUCGAGUAUCAUUCGUUCUACAACGAUCCAAGGGAUGAAGUCAUCAUUCGCUCUAGCGAUGAUAUCAACUUCAGAGCUAGUAGACAUAAACUCAUUAGAGUCAGUACCUUUUUCAAAUACAUCUUGGAUAUCCGACCUGUCGACCGCUCUGAAGCUAUACCAUUGGAUUUCUCCUCAGAGGUCGUCCUCACCUUCCUCGAUGCUAUCAGCACUUCCACCGUCGACAUUCCACCUCUGGAAAAGGAAAAAGCAAAUUCGUUGCUCAACUUGUGCAACUUCCUUAUGAGCGAUUCGAUUCAUUCCUCCGUCCAUCAAGCGGUUAUCGCUUCGUAUAAGUCGAGACCCUUUGACCUUCUCGAGAUCGCUUCUUCGGUGAAUGACAUCAAGAUGGCUAAAGACGCUCCUGAAAAGGUGAAUGAAUGGACGAUCAGUCAACUGAAGGAAUCGGAGAAUGGGGAAUACCCAAGCCAUGUGCGCGCUCGAAUGAUUUCCAGAAAUUCAUUAAAAAAUUACGACCCUCUUAUCAAUUGGCCAUCUUACAUACUUGUCAUGAACAAGGAAUGUUAA